UUUUAUUGCAUGUAUUAUUUAGAAACCAGCUCUGCAGUUAUUAUUGACCAAUAGUAGUCGUCGGAGCUUACAUGCCCGUAUUAUUGACAAGAUGGAAGGCAGUAUGUUGAAUCUGCAGUAAAAGGAGAAGUUUCAUUUUAUCCGGAGAAGAUAUAUUAAUACAUUAAGCAUUGGAGUAGGCAGCAGUCAAUCAUGCAAGGUCAGCAGGGUUACUCUGGUCCUUCUUAUGACCGCUGGGUGGAGAGGACGGACAAUUCCACCUUCCAGAGGAUGAAGGAGACGUACUGGACCACUAAACAGGCCGUGAAGAGGAAACUGGGGAAGAAGGAAGAUGAACACAUUGUGGCUUCAGAUGCCGAGCUUGAUGCUAAAUUAGAGGUGUUCAAAGCAGUGCAGCAUUCCUGUAUGGAGCUACUGAGAGUGCUGGAGAAAUAUCAAGACAGAUUAUGUACAUUAUCCCAGGAGGAAAGUGCAACUGGGAGGUUCCUGAAGAAUGAGAGUGGUAAGGACAAGACAAGGGCUGGCAAGAUGAUGGCUGCCGUUGGCAAAUCUCUCAGCUUUUCUUCACAACAAAGGUUAUCUUUGCGCCCAUCUUUGGUGCGACUGUACCAAGAGGUGGAAACCUUUCGUUACCGCGCCAUAUCAGACACCCUCGUCACCAUCAACAGAAUGGAGGCUGCCAGGACAGAGUACAGGGGCGCCCUCAUGUGGAUGAAAGAUGUGUCAGAAAACCUGGACCCUGAUACAUAUAAGCAACUGGAAAAGUUUAGAAAGGUGCAAGCUCAAGUGAGGAAAACUAAGGCCAAGUUUGACCGUCUGAAGGUGGACGUGAUGCAGAAGGUGGACCUUCUGGCGGCCAGUCGGUGCAAUAUGUUCUCCCAUGUGUUAGCCAACUACCAGUCCACACUGUUGACUUUUUGGGACAAAACUGCCAGAACCAUGACAGCAGUGGCUGAGAGUUUCAAAGGAUAUCAAUAUUAUGAAUUUAGUAUGCUAAAGGAACUGACGGAAACUAGUAAAAAGCUUGCUGAUGAAACUAAUAACAUGGAGGCUGCAGACAGAGACAUUGAUGAGUGGAUCAAGAAAGAGGGUGAUGAUGAGGAAUUAGAGCUGACUUGGAAAAAUCCAAUUCCUGAGGAAAAUGAGCAAAAGAAAGAUUGCACAAAUCCAGAGACAGAUGACUCUCAGUUAAUAGAUCUCAGUGAUUUUUCAAUCAGUGCAAAUGAUAGAGACUUAUUAGAUAAUCAGAAUCAAGGUGCUAUGAAUUCAGAACAAUCAGACCAAACAAGAGAAAAGCAAAGUUUAAUAGACUUUCAAGAUGAAGUAGAAGAGGCUAUAGAGAGUAAAGUGUACAGAGAUGAUCCUGACAGUCCAGAACAACCACCACCUCCUGAAGAGAGGGGCAAGCUAGAAAUGUCAGCUUUACCAAGACUACCAGCUAAAAUAAGAAAAGCAGCGGGAGGAAGUGGCGAUGAAUCUCAUGCCAAGACAGCAGAAGAAAAUCAAAAUGGCAAAGAACAGGAUAACAUUAUAGACUUUGGUGAAGAAGAAGAGACAGCUGAAGAGUUUGACUACAGUGGAAAACUAAUACAGUCUUCACAGAAACCACAAGUCCAAAAAGGUCAAAGCAAGGACCUGUUAUCAGACGAGUUGGAGCCGGAUGAGGUUGUGGACAAAGAUGAGAUGAUGCUUCUGAAUGAAAUCCUAUCAAUAGGCAACACCUCUCAGAACAAUGAUGCUCUUUCACAAGAAUGGCAAUCCAUGUUUGGGGCCGCCCCACUAGCUGGUGGUGCCCCCUAUACUCCAGCAGAGAGCGAGCACCCGGCAGAGUCUGCCUCGUAUAUGCCUUCGCAGCUGUUGGAUGUCACUGCUGGCAUGGAGGGACUGAGCUUGGGAACAGGUUUAUCUGGCCAGCCACCUCUUAUGGCUUCAGCUACAUUACCACAGCAACAAGAGCAGCAACAACAACAACAGCAACAACAACAACAACCAAAACCUAAACCAGCUUCCAAAAAGGGUCAGAAUAUGUCCGCCUGGUUCAACCUGUUUGCUGACCUAGACCCCCUUGCCAACCCAGAUGCCAUUGGCAAGAAACAGAAGGAAGCCAGUGAUGCAUUAUAAUACACUCAUUCCAGAACAGAAAAAACAGAGUGUGGAAGAUCCUGUUGGUGCGAUAACGCGAUUUCAAUCACAAAGAUCCCAUUGCCAGUAGAUGAAGACAUUGAUAAUAUUCAACAAUACCAGAAUCACACUAAUUGCACUUCAACAUACUGUCACAGCUAACAUGUUGCCCUCAGAUUUACACUCUGGCUGUUGAAGUAGAUGUUUUUCUUUCGCCGUCAUUGGAUGGCAUUACCUAAACACCUAAAUGGUGAAGACUGAAGGGAAAUACUUUGUGGCAGUUGAAGGAAAUCUGCAUCAUAUUGGAAAAGUAAUGGUGUGCACCAAAAGAUGGCCUUUUACUGGUGAAUAUCUUUGAUAUGUCCAAGGUUGUGACAUAAUUAUGAGAAGAAGGUGGACCAUGUUUUUUUUUUUUCCAAAGUGAGGCCAUUGUGUGAACAUUAUGGGAUGGGAAUAAUCUAAACUUGGGGUGUGGGUGGGGGAUAUAAGAAACUUGGGGAAAUUACUUUUGUUCUUUUUUAUUAUAUAUUUAUAAAGUCUGUUGAUUUAACGUGAUUGUUUUUAUGUUGUUAAUGGUGCUUUCUGGGUAAAAACUGUGAGAUGAUUUAUAGCUGCCAAAGCUAUCUGAAGUACUUUCAUAUGUUUUAUGGUCAAUAGAUGAUUGAAAAACUUAUAGACUUUGGGGACUUUCUCCAUUAAACUGUGUAGCACCAUUGCUAAUAAUUUUGAUUACUUUGGAAAUGAUGUGUUGUAAAAAGGUAGUGAUGCUAGAAUUUACUGAUAUUUUUUGUCAUGUCAGAACACAGCUUUGAAUUUAUUAAGUGCAAUCAUGGUAUUACAUUGGACCAACUAAUGGGUAUUGGUUUUUUUAUGUAGAAUAAUUUGUACUCUCUAGUUUCCCAUUACUUGCAUUUUCUGAGCUGUUUUAGAAGUGUGUUUUAGUUACUGGCCCUCGUCUGAAAUUCUAGUUUUCCAUAUUGUAAUGCGCCUCGAGUUGAAGAGGUUAGUGACAAAUACAGAAGCAUGUUGAUAAUAGAGGUUAAUUUACAGCAGACUGAAACCCUGUGUGUUGCCAAGAUACUGCCUGUACAACAUUUUCUGUUUCUACAAUUUUUUUUCCAUUUUGUUACAAACAGUGAUGAAAAACUCUCAACAUAUUUGUCAUCUCACACUUAUUGCAUUUUAUUUUUAUACUGUCAGUUGCAUUU